AUGGCUGACAUCGCCAUCCUGCGAGCUAAGAAAUAUCAGAUAAAAACUGUCGAAAAUAAAGAUGAUCUGUCCAAAAUCAACACCAAAGACCUGGGGAAUAUACAGUAUAAGUUAGACAAACUCUUUGCUGACAGAACAUAUUUCCAGGAUGUAUUAGAGGAAACAUACCUAGAGUUGUGUCUGCACAGAUGUUUCAAUGUGCUAAUUAAUUGCAACAAGGAAAUAGAAGAACAAUAUGAAUACAGAUUUAAUCUCGCUGAAGAAGAAGCCAAAAACAAAAUCUGUCGACGUGAACUGCUGAAGCAACUAAGGCAACAGCGUAUUCACAUAAAAUCGGUCGCCUACGAUUUAGACCUUGUUAUAGAUCAACUUAGGAGUAAAAUCGAAGACGCAGCUUUGAAUUCAGAGAUCAGAGGAAGGUACAUAACGAACUGGCAACGCGCACGUACUGAACAACACGACCAAACUAUUGAUGACAAAGAGUCAAGCCCUUCCAAUGCAAUUAACUACUACAGAAACAGAAGUAAUCAAGAACAGAGAGUACACUCGGAAAUUGAACUGCUAUUCAAUAUAUUCAUAAGUGAGACUCUCACGAAGGUGGAAAAUUGGAUGAACAAGUACGACAAGGAUAUGGAAGCAAUAGACUUGCAGAUCACUAUAAUGAAGAAUAAAUAUCAAGAUGAAGUCAGCAGGAGGAAGGGAAUGGAGGAAGAUCUGGCCCGCCACGAAGAUCAAAUGGAACAAUGGAAGCAAUUCAAAUCUGACCGUGAGAAGGCACUGCAGUACAGGAAGAAGAUGACCGAGUCUGCCAUUAUUGUACAAGCAUGGUGGCGUGGUUUGCUUGUGCGACUCGAACUAGGCCCAUUCAAACCCAAGAAGAAGCCACGCGGUUUGCCAGACGAUAAGAAAGGGAAAAAGAAAAAAUAG